AUGUUUACAAAAUCAGAAUUGUCGGGAAUAUUACAGGCUUUACAAACGGUCGAAGAUGCAACAAUUAUUCCUGUAAAGUCCGGCGGAGGGGUGUGUUCUCGACAAUAUAUUGUUAAAGGAUUGAAUGGAUUAAUCGAUAGUGGUAAAAAUAGAAUAAGCUUCAACGAAGCUUCGAAAUUACUGGAUGUUGAUGAUAAAUAUAUCUCGGCGAUAGUAUCUACAUUGCUAGAAGACGAGUGGGGGCUAAACGGUCGAGAAAUAAUUCCAAAACAACCCUUUGCACAUCUCGAAAACACGCUUCGAAACCACUUGGCUUCGAGAGUUGUCACCGUGAUAACAUAUUCACGCGAAGAGAAUAUUACUAUUGAGUUCUUGAAAAAGUUGGUGGGGUAUUUGGAAAGAGAAUGGGAUUUGAAGGUUCACUGGUUGGGGGAGAGGUAUAUCUAUUCACAGAAGUUCUUGGAAGAGGUGGUUGAGGGGGUUAAAGAUGAUGUUAAAGAUGCCGAGACCCCGGUUGAAUUUGAAGAGCUUACGGUGGUGAAGGAAGGGAACUGGCCCGUUGAGUUCGGGCAGAAGGUUUUGGGAAGAGUUGGGAAGGAGGAUUUUGAUGGUACCUGGACUGGGGGUACUUUUGUGCCCUCCAUCUACAAAACACAUCGGCAAGAUGAAGUUGUGGAUAUCUUGCAGAAUGAAGGGAUUAUAGCAAUUAAGGCGGUGAAGAGGGGGUAUAUUGACAAACCGGAUGAGUUUCUGAAGAAGAGGGUUGGGGAAGUAUCACUGCUGAAAGAGCAUUAUGUCACAAAAGAGUGGCUAGAGAGCGUUACGAAGGCCGCGGAGAAGGAGUUAGAGGAUACUGGGAUCACGAAUGUUAAGGGACUGGUGGGCAAGUUGACGCCUGAAGAGCAGUUGAAUGUUCAAGAACUGUUUAGGAAGAAACAAACGAGGAAGUUACUCGAGCAUGGAGGCUGUUUGAUCACCAGAGAAUUGCUUGAUGAACUGCUGAAGUCUUGUUUCGGAUAUGCAAAAGAAGAAGCGGAGAAGACGUGGGCGGCCACUGAAAAAGGCAGGCCCAUCGCAUUGACAUCCAUUACUUCCUGGAGAAGUUUAUCUGCAUUCCUCAUGAAAGAUGACCGAUUGCUACAGGCUGCAUCGGAUUCAAUUGCUCAAAGUUUCCUGCCAAAAGUAUCUGCGAGCUAUUCGGAUCGAAUCGGCGAGCUGAGAGAGAUGGCAAACGCGGCAGCAAGGGUUCAAUUUGUGGAUAAGGUCUACCUUCGGUUUGUGAUUAAUCGUGCGGCUAUCGAGAAGAUACAAGAUGCCGGAGUUCAAGGGAAACUGGCACAGGAUCUUAUGAUUUACUACCAAAAAAUGACCGUGGAUGGCCUGACGAAGCUGCGAGACCGAGUCGCGGAUACGCAAAGCCAGCGAAUGAACGAACGGAUCGAAGACGCCAUAUCGACGGUCACAAACGUCUUUAGUUCAGAUGACAUCAAGCCAAUCGCAGGGUUGCAUGUUAUCCAACAAGAAUUGGAAAGCUUGAUGAAAGACAUCGGAGUCAACCGAUCAACCGGCGAAGAAUUCGAUGCUUCUGUCAAGAGCAAAAUGGAAGAAAUGCGGAAUGAACUUCGGGUGCAGCUGGAGAAGGCCUCGGACCUCUCUUUGAUGCUCCUGGUGGUGUUGAUUUUGUUGUUUUCGGAGCACGAAGGGGGGAUUUUACGGGCGACGGGGAAAUACGCACCAAAGAUUCUCAAACAGCUCAGGCACAGGCUGACGGAUUCGGACUACGAAUUUCUGAACUAUGUGAAGGGUGCUGUCAUAGCUCGGUCAUCCGUGGGCGGGGAGGACGUGGAGAGGCUUCGGGCGUGGGGAUCCCCCCAGUCAUAA